AUGAAUAAUUUCUGCAUGACUACUUGGGCUCCUGAGUUAAUGUUUGCAAAGCUCUUUGAACUUCUUGGGAAAGAGAAUGGUGUUUUUUUUGGCACCCUUUCACGCUUGCAGUGGCACGCAAAUUCCUCCUCCUCUGCUUCCUUCGGCUCUGCCUUCCCCCAGCUCUGCGCCGGGCCGGGAUCUCCCAGAAGGCAGCCACACCGCUCUCACGGCCUUCGUCCUGCCACCUCCAGCCCUGCCGCACAGAUGGGAACCCCCUUCAGGAAGAAAGGAGAAGGACAGCAUGAAUUAGGCUCUGGUGUGGAAACCAGGAGAGAUCUCUGGCUGAGAUUUACCAGCUAA